AUGAGCGAGGCCACAAACGAACCGAGUGAAUCCCCCGGCAAUCCUUCAAGAAUUAGGCGUUGCGCUUCAGACUUCAUCUUUGGGCGUAAAAUAGGCGAAGGAAGCUUCAGUGCCGUCUACUUGGCAAAAGAUAUUCACACCAGGAAAGAAUGGGCAGUGAAAGUUUGCGAGAAGCGGCAAAUCAUCCGCGAACGCAAACAAGACUACGUGAAACGGGAACGUGAAGCGCUGAAUCGGAUGAGUGGUGUGCCAGGCUUUCUGAAGCUGUUCUGUACCUUUCAAGACUCGACAAAGUUGUUCUUUGUGGUGAAAUACGCACCAAAUGGCACGCUAUUGCAAUUGAUGGAUAAAGUAAAACAGCUAGAUCAAAUUUCGAUAAGAUUUUACGCUGCUCAAAUAUUACUGGCGAUAGAAGAAAUGCAUGCCAAGAAUAUCAUACACAGAGAUUUGAAGCCGGAAAAUAUCCUAUUGGAUGAGGAUUUCCAUGUUUUGAUAGGCGAUUUUGGUUCAGCACGUAUUGAGGACAACAAGGUGCAAAAAGAGGCCCAAAGAUCGGAUUUAGAUAACCAAGGAGGACCAUCGAGGCGUGGAAGUUUCGUGGGAACAGCGCAGUACGUUUCACCGGAAAUUUUGCGUGGGAAAGGCUCCAGUGAAUCAUCGGAUUUAUGGUCGUUUGGCUGCAUCUUGUAUCAGAUGAUGUCCGGGAUUCCUCCAUUUCAAGGGGCAAACGAUUAUUUGAUAUUUCAGAAAAUCAACAAUAUGGAAAUAUCGUUCCCAGAGAAUUUUAACUCGGAUGCAGAAAAUUUAAUUCGCAAGCUACUGGUCCAAGACCCAUUGGAAAGGAUAGGCAUCAAUGAUGUUGAACGUUACAAGAGCAUACGGAGUCAUACAUUUUUUGAAGGCGUGGAUUUUUCCACGAUUCGAGCGAUUAGUGCUCCCGUUUCGCUGGCACUCCCAGCUGUAGAGCAAAAAAGUUUCUCAGCUGACAUGAAGCCGGGUUUAGAUCCUGAACAAGUAGCGAGACUGUUAGAACAAGAUUUGUUCGGUACGAAAGAACAAGGCAACGCUUCCAAUGUUCCGUAG